AUGGAGAUAAUAAUAAGAAUACAGAAACCCGUAACAUUCGACGAAUCGAUCGCACACUCUGAGGUUCACGCUCACCAGCCAUUUGCAUCAUCGACCUUUGGGAAUAACGAUGAAAUUCGAAUUUCCGUUCAAAAUCAGAACGAGUGCGUGCUACCGGAAAAAAGCUCCCUGCACAUUCACGGGAAAGUUACAAAAGAAGAUUAUUCCAUGGUGGCCGCUACAAAAUUGGUCAGCAUGGCUGUUUGCCAUAUGUUUGAGGAAAUUCGGUACGAGUUGAACGGUGUAGAAAUUGAUCGAAAUAAAAAUGUGGGCAUCACCAGCAUCAUGAAGGCAUACUUAUCCCUCACCCCAGGGCAACAGCACGGCUUGGAGAACACCGGUUGGCUGAGCGUUGCCGAUAUCAACCUGGCCGAUGGUGCUGGAAAUUUUGAUGUCGUUAUACCGCUGCGUUAUCUGCUGGGAUUCGCCGAGGAUUAUUGCGGAGUCGUCGUUAAUGCCAAACAUAAGUUGAUUCUCACACGCACCAACACCGAUUUAAAUGCUGUACUUCAGACAAACACUACCGAGAAGUUUAAAAUUACCCUCAAAAAAGUCGAGUGGCUGCUGCCCUACAUCAAACUAGCCGACAAGCCGAAAAUCCAGCUACUCAACUACAUCGCCAAGGACUCGGCCAUUCCCAUGAGUUUUCGUUCUUGGGAAACAUACGUGUAUCCGAUGCUGCCAUCAACGACGCGGCAUGUCUGGGCGGUCAAGACAUCGACACAGCUGGAGAAGCCUAGAUACGUCAUAAUGGGAUUCCAAACUGCAAGGAAAAACGAGGCAUUGAAAAAUGCUAGCGAAUUCGAUCAUUGUAGAAUAAGAGAUGUGAAACUCUUUCUCAACUCACAGUGUUACCCCUAUGGGAAUUUGAAUCUAGAUAUUUCCAAUAAUCAAUACCCCAUUCUGUACGAUAUGUAUGUCCAGUUUCAAACAUCCUACUACAACAAGGAAGCCGAACCUCUGCUCUCGAAAAGUGAAUUUAUAAAACGCGCGCCUCUGAUCGUCAUCGAUUGCUUAAAACAAAAUGAAUCGUUGAAAACCGGACCGGUGGACAUCCGGCUGGAAUUUGAAGCAAGCGUAGAAUUUCCUCGAAACACCGCAGCCUACUGUAUGAUCUUGCACGAUAGGGUCGUUGAGUACAGUCCGAUUAGUGGCACGGUGAAGAAAUUAGUAUAA